AUGCCGCCACCCGCCAUGGCGAUGCCGCAGGCACCCUCCGUAGGGGAUCCGCUCUACGACGAGCUCUCGCACGCCUGCGCCGGCCCGCUCGUCACUGCCUCGCGCGUCGGGGACCUCGUCUUCUACUUCCCGCAGGGGCACAUCGAGCAGGUGGAGGCCUCCAUGAACCAGGUCGCCGGCAACCAGAUGCGCCUCUACGAUCUGCCGCCCAAGCUGCUCUGUCGGGUCAUCAACAUCGAGCUCAAGGCGGAGGCGGACAUCGACAAGGUAUACGCGCAGGUCAUACUCAUGCUGGAGCUGGAGGUAAGCUCUAGCGUGAAUUUCACCGGGUUCAUUGAUCAAGUUGUUGUGGCGUAUAUAAUGUUCACACAAUGUUUUUAUGCAGAUUUAAAUAUUCAGUCGCCCCCAUCCAUUUAUCCACCAAAGAGAUACUGUGACGUUACAGGUUUUGGGGGGCUUGGGCCAUGCUCCACGAGCAUCAAGACGGACGAGAAGGAGAUCAAGGAGUUGGCCAAGAGGAUCAAUGACCUUUGUGCUAGAUGGUCAUUAAGUUGGUACAAAGAAAUCUUCAAGUCUUGA